AUGAAAUCAGUCCCUCUCUUUGCAGUGCUUCUGCUUACUUGCGUCAACGACGCCCUCGGAUACGCCAUCACCAUUCGCAACGACGACUACGACAAUGGCGUUGAUCCCAUCUGCAUCGGCACCGGCCCAGAAUCCUGCCAAGGCGUCUACAAGUGCGACAAUGCCAACCUGGACUCGCUAGAAUGCGCCUUUUACGUCUACAACUCAAACUGCCAGUCUCUGCACCCAGACGAACCGUGGGCCACGGUUCAGUCUGGUGUCUCGUUUACCUACGACGGUCUCGACCACAGCAUUGAUAUUCAAAACGCCACGGGCAGUCUUGAUGCGUUACAGAUGGGCAUUGUCUGGAAGUACAUGGACGGCUUGUACGGCGAUGGUUAUGGAAAUGUCCGGGGCGAUUGCUCGACCAAGGACAAGAAAUGUGCUUUUAUGAGGUCGGCUUUUACCUGCAAGUAA